GGUAAAUUAUUCAGUCGAACUCAGCUGUAAAUUGUAUCAAAUAGAGUCAUUCACAAAUCUCAAAGCAAAGUACAAGAGUUUUCGUUAACUUCAGUUUAUUGUAAGAAGUCAACUCCGCAGCAAUGUCUGACCUGAAAUCCCGUUAUGAUUACGGCAGAGAGUUUAACGCUCGAAAAUAUCUGGAAUCGUAUUACAAAACCGAUGAACAUGGGAAAUCGCUGGAGAACAGUUUGAAUGGAUACAUUUUUCGAAAGCUCAACAGCAUUUUUGAAGGGUGUGAUAAAGGAAAAGGGCGUUUGUUGGACGUGGGCACCGGCCCAUCGAUUGCAUUCCUUAUACCUGGCUCAAUGAAGUUUCAUUAUAUUUAUUGCUCGGAUUUUACGCCAGGGUGUCGGAUGGAGCUGACAAUGUGGUGCGCGGGUGAUGCAUCGGCUUACAGAUGGGACGGAUUUUUCAAGUAUGCUGCGCGAUUGGAUGAGAAAGAGAGCCAGUGGGAAGAGUAUGAAGAGCGAUUACGCAACUCCGUCAUUGGCAUUCUGCCCUGUGACCUUAUGUGUAGUGAUCCGAUGACACCGGAGAAAUUGUCACCCGUGGAUGUCAUGUCUGCUACCUUCUCCUUCACGGCGGCUGCCGCUGAUUACGAGGACUUCGAGAACUGUAUUGAGCGCAUGAGUGAAUAUGUUCGCACCGAUGGUACAUUCAUUUUGGUGGAUUAUCUCGGUGCUUCCUAUUACAUUGUGGACGAUGAGAAGUUUAAGCUGUGCACGCUAACGGAAGAGGACUAUGUAAAAGCACUGAAGUACGCCGGGUACCGAAGCUUUGAAAUUUCGAAGGCUAGUGAUCAUGCCACCAACGUACAGCCGGAUCAGAAACUGACCGAUGCACAGGAUGUCGUUAUUAUUGUGGCUACUAAAAAUCCUCCGCCACCUGAUGUGCCGGAACGACCGGAUACUCCACCGGCGGAAUAAUAAACAUUAUUUUCUGCUUAUUUUGGGGUGCACUCAUGACGUUUAACUGCAGAGCUUGCUACCGCGUCGUAUUACGCGGAGCACAUCCUUAAUUCGCUGUGCGUUUGACUGACGGAGUCGUAUAACUAGUUCGUUGCAUUCGAAGAAGUUAGUAUUUCAUUACACGAUACAGUGUGGUUUUAUGUAAACACCCCAAAUAACUUAUAAAACAAAAAUGAAACAUUGAUUUUUGUUUUGCGCUAUAGCAAUGCAUCCUAAUAACGUUCAUCUGGCACAUUCGUGUUUUGUUAUUUCAGCCAACCGAGUACUCAAGGGCUUAUGCUGUAAGUUGUACAAGAAAGCCCUUGGGUAUGGUACUGUUUCGGAUUCAAUGCAUUAGGCUAGCUUUGCUGGUUGUGAAGGAAAUUGUGGAACUUCUGAAAGUGAUGUUGAGUA